CCUAGAAUCAAAUUUACCACUCCAAUAUUCAAUGUCUUUGAGGAGAAUACUGUGCACUCAUCGGAGAUGGGUCUUGUUGCAGCCGCCAUCUAAAUACUACUUGUUUAGACCAAAAUUCUGCGAUCAUCUAUGCUUUCAUUCCUUGCCCCCAAAGACCACUGCUAAAGAAGUUGCUUCACAAAGGUGUAGUGAAAGCCUUAAGAGUUCUCAGUUACAUGCUUACAGUUCUGAAAGCGAUGCAAGUAGAAAUAAACAAAACAAGUCUCAGGAAGAUGUUAAGCACUGCAAUGCACAUGAAAGGAGAGAAUCACCCUGUUUUGACAGAAGAGAUGAGUUUAAAAUUGAGAUUUUGACAAGAAUUGUUCCGUGGGAGAAAAUUAACGUUUCUUGGGACACUUUUCCAUAUCCCAUAGAUGAGCAUACAAAAAGUCUUCUGGUGGAAUUUGCUGAUUCACACUUGAGAUAUAAUAAGUUUGCUUCAUCUUUUGGUACUGGCCUUGCAUCUUCAAGUGGAAGAAUAUUGCUUCAGAGUAUUCCCGGCACUGAGCGUUAUCAGGAGAGAUUAGUUAGAGCUCUUGCACAACAUUUACAAGUUCCUUUGUUGGUGUUUGAUAGAAGCAUCCUUACUGCUUAUGAUAUUGAAGAGCCAGAUGUUAGUGAAGAUGAAAGUGAAGAUGCAGAGGCUUCUGCCAAAGCAGUCCUUGAGAAAAUUAAAGCUGCUGUUCAGAAACUUGUCCCAUAUAACGUUGAAGAGUUGCCGAAGGAUAUAUCUGGGAAGGAAGGUUCUCUGGAGUCAGACUCAGAGAAUGAGGAAAGGUGGUCGAGCGACUCCGAUGUUGAGUCAGAUGCUACUGAAAAUGAAGAUGCAGUGGCUUCUGCCGAAGCAGUCGUUGAGAAAAUUAAAGCGGCUGUUCAGAAACUUGUCCCAUAUAAUGUUGAAGAAUCGUCGGAGGAUAUAUCUGGGGAGGAAGGUUCUCUGGAGUCAGAGAAUGAGGAAGGGUGGUCGACCUAUUCCGAUGCCGAGUCACAUGCUAGUGAAAAUGAAGAUGCAGAGGCUUCUGCCGAAGCAGUCGUUGAGAAAAUUAAAGCGGCUGUUCAGAAACUUGUCCCAUAUAAUGUUGAAGAAUUGCCGAAGAUAAUCUCUGGAGAGUCUGAGACUUCCAAGUCUAAUGAUGGCAAGUUCGAUGAUAAAUUUGAAUGUCAACUAAGAAAAGGCGACCGUGUGAAGUACAUUGGGCCAGAUAUUCCAGUUACAGCUGAUGAUAGCAGGCCUUUAGCUAAUGGUCAGAGAGGAGAGGUGUAUGAGGUUAAUGGAGAUCGAGUCUCUGUCAUUUUGGAUAUUAAUGAGGAUGAGCUGGAAAGUGUUGAUAAUAGAAAGCCACCAAUUUGUUGGACUAAUGUUAACAACAUUGAGCAUGAUCUUGAUGCUCCAUCAGAGGAUUGCUACAUAGCAAUGGAGGCUUUAUGUGAGGUUUUACAUUCCGAACAACCACUUAUUGUCUAUUUUCCAGAUGGUUUGCAUAAAUCAGUUCCGAAGUCAAUCCAAAGUGAGUUUUUUCACAAGGUCCAAGAGAAGUUUGAACUGCUAUCUGGCCCCAUAGUACUGAUUUGUGGGCAAAACAAAGCUCAGUCGAAAGGACAAUUACUUUUUUCUAUGAAUAAAGGGCAAAAGACAUCAAAAGAUGGUGAAUUUUACAAGCCCUUUAAUGUGUUGUCUAUACAGCCACCUAAGGAUGAGAAACUACUGGCAAUAUUCAAGAAACAACUUGAGGAAGAUAGGAAAAUUGUGAUUUCACAAAGAUAUUUGAAGAAACUACGGAAAGUUCUCGACGAAAAUCAGCUGUCGUCAGUGGACCUCUUGCAUGUAGAUACUGAUGGUGUCAUUUUGACUAAGCAAAAUCAAGAUAAAUCCAGAUGAAGAUCCAAUUCAGAAAGAGAGUCUUGGCUAAUAUGGGGUUGCUGUCCUUUUGGGUGGUAAUACAAUUUAAGUUUAUUGGACUGUGAUUGUUUGUUUUGGUGGGGUUACUGUCAAAGCUGGCUUUCCAUUUCAAUUGGCUUGGCUUCAUAGGGUCUUUGGCUUUAAUGUUGGGGUUGAUCUAGGACUAGUAGUGGGGAAGGUGCUGUAGGUUUGGGUGUGGUCCGUCUAUUUUGGUUUAGGUGCAGCUAUGUCUGCAGUUUUCUUUUUUCUUGUUCUUUUGGCUUGUUAGUUUUUUCUUGUUUCUUUUCUUCGUAUUGGGUUGAAGUACCCCUUGUACUUCCUAUCAAUACAAUCAUUGCUUAUCUAAAAAAAAAAAAAAUUCAGAAAGAGAGUGAAAUAUCUUUACUUGAAAAA